AUGGGCCAUGUCCUUAUUCCUAUAUCCUUGCUCCUAUUCAAUGGCAUUGUAGCCAUUGCCGCAGUGGAGUCCGCUUGCGUAGAAGACAGCUCGGGGAGCUUCCUCCUGCAGAAAGCGGCCGCGAGGAGGGCCCCUACUGUUGUCAAAAACAAGACGGAGGAGCCUCAGGUUCAGCCGGAAAAGGGAGUCUGCGUGGCAAGAGAUGACAUUGACAAAACCAUUCCCAUUGAGGAUGUGUUGAAGCAGUAUCCGGGCCAAGACGGCUGGUGUGUCUAUGGUUCCUUUGGACCCUGGGCGAGAGAAUGCGCAGUUGCCAGGCAAAAAGGCGACGUCCUGGCAUUCUCAAAGGUGUACAGCCCGAUUUAUUCCUAUAUCUUGACUGGCCCAAAUGCCACACAGAAGACAUACAGAAUGCCAAGCGGACAGCCACUGACAACGCGCGAUCACUACUUCCCACUGGAUGAUGUCUACUGCUUCAUAAAUGGCUGGUACGAUCUUGAUCGGCAAAAGCUCAUCAACAAUUACACCUACUUGGAACAGGUCUCAGAGGCAUAUUGCCAAUCCUUGGAAGCAACGCUGCCCUACUACCACCGACUGUCCAUGAAGAGCAUGGAUGUUGAGGCUGGGCUAGACGAGUGGAGCUUCAAUCAUUUGACAAAUCUCCCCCAGUCAGUCAUCACAGGAAUGAAGGUUCAUGGUGCUGUCAAGUGCCUACUGGGUGGGGGGAAGGGUGCAGUCUGUGAUCUCGCCAAUUGUGCGAGGCGAGCUUGCCUCCUUGCUGAUGGGAGCUUGGGGUAUGAUGCCCGUGGUGAGUGUCCACCAGUGUAG